AUGGCCAAACGAGCAAAAGCAAAAUCUGACGCCGCCUCGGCCGCCCGUGACCCCUUGGGCCGCGACGAGAGGCAGGCGACCGAGGCCAGUUCGUCCGCGGCCGCUCCACCGCCGACAAAAAAGGCCAAGGGCAUGACGGCGUCUUCUGACGCGGCUGCAUCAACGCCUCUUGGGCCGAGCUCCGCGGGCAAGAAGGCCGCUUGCAGUUGCGGCAUCUGCGGCAAGACGGCCAAGCACACGACCAUGAUUACCGCCACGCAGUGCCUGAAGUGCAAAGAGGUGCACCAGGGGGCGUUUCUGUUCUGGAGCUGGGCCGGCCUGUGCGAGCGCUACCAUUCCGACGACAAGGUCGGCGCGGGCUUCGAUAACGCGCACGCGUUGAAGCACAAGGAGAAGGGCGGCACGUUGCCGACGUCAGCCCCGCAGCAGCUGAUGGAUCAGACCCUGGUGUACGAGGACACGAUCGAGAGCUACAAGGCCUACACGUUCAACGAGGCGAAGGCCGAGUUCGGGCUGGACCUCCACCUGGCGAAGAUCAGGACUGGCAGCAUCACCGACAUGAAGGGCGCCACGCGCGCGAGGUACAUCAUUGUGAACCCCGAUCAGCCCCACACGGUCGUCAACAUAGUCCGUCGCAGGUGUCUGGGCCUCGAGUCCGAAUUGAUGCAGCCCGACCAGAAGAUGUGGGAAGGCCAGGGCGAAGCGUAUUUGCAGUCGCUCGUUGACGCGCGGCCCGCAGAGUCGUCCGCUUUCCUCGACGCGCCCACGCACAAGGACGUCCAGGCGAAAGUCGCAGAGUACAAUCGGCAGGAAGAGAUCAAACACGUCAACCAGGCCAUCAAGGAGGGGAGGGUGGCGGCCGCCGUCGAGAGCGUCGACUCGCCAGUGCCAUCGGCCGCAUUCGAGACGCCAGCGGCGCAGCGGCUUGAAGGGUUGCAGGGGGAGGAGCUCCUGCUCAGUCCCUCUCCCGAGGGCCACGCCCCUCGGAUGUCGCCACGCGCCGGCUUGAUUGUCGGGGCCAAUGUUGGGGCCAGCACCUGCGCCAGCGGUUUCGAGGGUUCGUCCGAGGAGGAGCCGUCCGACGAUGAAGGCAUGAGCAAGCUCAGAUCUUUGAUGAAGUCGUGCAAGAUCCAUAAGCUCUUGUCUGGCAAGAAGUUGGGCCACAAGCUGCGCAAUCUCAGGGGCUACAUCAAAAGGUGCGGCCCAGACGAGCCUGACUACGACGCUGCAAGCCAUUGGCUUCUGAUGGGCGAGCAGGCCAAGCUGGCGGGGGGCCAGAAGGCGAAGGCGGCCCCCACCAUGAGCCGCGAGGACCUCAACGAGCUCGCGUUCAAUCUACACAAGGAGGGCGUCAAGAUCCCGCUGAUCUUCCAGCGGGCCCUCUGGGACCGCGCAAUCUCCGACUGGAAGAACGACCCCAACUUCGCUUCGAAGCUGGACAACGUGGUGGCUUUGUGUCUGCCAUGGGGCGGCGACAUCGGCGACGUGGAUUCGCCCGUCAAGUUCUCGCGCGUGGAGCCUAGGCUCUCGCAGAUGGCGUGCAGCCCGCACGAGAAGGGGAGUAUAUUCAAGGACGCGUUCAUCAAGGUCGUCAUGGGCUCCUUCCUCAAGGGUGGCAAGGGCUGCGCGGCUGCCGCGACCGAGCUGAUCAAGUCUGGCCUCACCGCCAUCAAGAACAUGCCGAUGGACCUCGAUGAGUCUUUAGACAGCGCGGCUAACGAGGUCAUGACGGCUUUGAAGGUCCUCAACACCAUCGCGGGGAGCGUUAACGACACAGUCGGGUUGGUGAAGAUGGACCAGUUCACGAAGGCGAAAUCCACCGCGCUCAAUGGCUCCCUGCUUGCUAUUGUGAAAGCUUGCCCGUAUUGGAACGAGAGCAUGCUGACUUUCAUGAAGUACUCGCCUGGGUUGAAGGAGUGGGCCCCCCUGAUCGAGUCGCGCGGGAAGGAGUUCAGCAACUCGGAGACGUGCGAGCCAGAAUCCCUGCUCAAGUGCGCCGGAGACCUCGCCAAGAUUGGGCAAAGCGUGCCGCCGCGGCACGCGUCUGACCACUCUAAGAAGCUCACGGCCGCAGUCUGCAAGUGCGCGGGCGACGCGGCAACCAGGAUCGCAACGGACACCGAGCUGGGCGGGGCGCGAGAUAAGUACGAGGCCCUCGCGAAGGAGGCCGUCAAGAACUUCGGGGAGGUGGGGAAGUUGCCCGAGCUGCUGGCCAAGAUCGACGCCGCCAAGUCGGACCACAACAGCCGCGGCCGCGUGCAAGACUUCUUCAACCACAUCACUGUUUUCAACAAGGAGAGCUUGAACUACGUCGUCGACAACUUCUCCAAGAUCGAAGGUCUUCGCAGCUUCGCGGACGAGCCUCAGAUCAUUCGGUUCAGGGACUUCGUGGGCCAGGCGGUUGCCAAGGUGCUUGCAGAAAAGGGCGGGUGGCCUGAAGUGGUGGUUGACGAGCUCUGGGAGCCCUCCCACAAGGUGAUCAGUGCGACGGCUUCGUGGGUGAACCUGGCUGACGUCUUGGGCUGCAGGUGCAUGUGGAAGUCCACCCAGGAGCUCUUGGACAGAACAAAGACGCACCACUCCCUUGCGCGCUGCUUCUGCGAAGCCAAGGGCUACGAGUUGCAGGGGGGCAUGGGCAAGUUGUCGGACGUGCCAGAUCACACUGUCCAGUCGUUUUUGGGUUUGAUGAAUAUUGUGGCAUCGCAUACCCGCGAGGACAAGAGCGACGAGACGGAGCUCAUCAAGGACACCUUCAUGGACGGCUUCGACGACGAGAUCAUCGCGCUCAAGAACAACAUCUUCAAGGCCAAGACCAACGCGGCGUUGGAGCGGUUCACUGCUGAGUCCGAGGAGGUGCCGCUGUCGAAGCUGAAAGGCGGUGCCCUGGAUGGCGAGUGGGCCCCUGCCUCCGACACGACCGUCGAAGCGCUGUUGGAGCGUGCCGAUAAGAGCCUCUUCAAGCUCAGUUACGACCCGUUCAUCCAGCAGGUCACUAGUAAGUACGACACGCUGAAGGCCCUGGAGGAUUUGGAGAACGCUUUCAACACAAAGAUUCCGAGCAACGCCACCUACGACACAGCGCUGAGCACGCACCGUGCCGCAGCGAAGACAGCCUGCGAGUACCAAGCGAUGUACGGCCUCAGAAAGGUCGGCAGCAACCCCAUCGCGCUCAAGAAAUACAUGCUGGCUGUAACCAAGCAGGUAGAGAAGUGCAAAGGCGACCCCAUGCAUCCUAUCAUCGCCAAGGCCGUGCGACUCGGCUCAGAGAUGGAGUCCGUGUUCGGCUAG